AUGGCCAGACCAGAGGAGCAGAGACUGCGAUGGACCGAAGAAGAAGACCGGAUGCUCUUUGAAUGUAAAAGCAGAAAUUUGGAUCUACCUUGGCCAAAUAUCGCAGAGCUGGCAGGGCUGAGCAGGAGUGGUAAGAGUUGUAGGGAGAGGUGGAAAAACCACCUGGAUCCUAAUGUUAAGAGAGGGAACUUCUCUCAAGAGGAAGACGAAACCAUCAUCCGCCUCCAUUCAAGUCAUGAGAAUAGCUGGGCAUUUAUAGCAACUCAUCUUCCAGGGCGAACCGAUAAUGCUGUCAAGAACCGCUGGAACAACCAUUUGAAGAAUAAGCUAAUUGGGAGAAGUACUGAUCAUCAGAAUAUUCCUGACCCACAAAGUAGCACCGGGGAUCAGCCACACGCCACACAACUCUUUCAUCUCAACCACAAUAUUAAUCCACACGCAAGCUCAAGCUCCAUUCCUUCACCGGUCUCAGCCUCACAAGAAAUCGUCAACCCUUGGUCCACUUCUGAAUUCGCCUACCCAGAAUUUCCAGGGGGAUAUCUUCAGAGUGAUGAUGAGACUAUCCAUCACGCUUUCGGGGGAGAUUACUUUGCGUUUGAGCCCACACAACUCUUUCAUCUCAACUACAAUAUUGAUCCAAACCCAAGCUCAAGCUCAAUUACUACACCGGUUUCAGCGUCACAAGAAAUCGCCAACCCUUGGUCCAGUUUUGAAUUUGCCUACCCAUAUCUUCCGAUUGAUCGUGAUACUAUCCAUCACUCUCUCGGUGAAAAUUACUUUGAGUUUGAGCCCACACAACUCUUUCAUCUCAACCACAAUAUUGAUCCAAACGCAAGCUCAAGCUUGAUUCCUACACCGGUUUCAACAUCACAAGAUAUCGCCAGUCCUUGGUCCAGUUCUGAAUUAGCCUACACAGAAUUUUCAGGGGGAUAUCUUCCGAGUGAUGAUGAGAUCAUCCAUCACUCUUUCAGGGGAGAUUACUCUGAGUUUGAGCCCACACAACUCUUUCAUCUCAACCACAAUAUUGAUCCAAAAGCAAGCUCAAGCUCGAUUCCUACACUGGUUUCAGCCUCACAAGAAAUCGUCAACCCUUGGUCCACUUUUGAAUUAGCCUAUCCAGAAUUUCCAGGAGGUUAUCUUCAGAGUUAUGAUGAGACUAUCUGUCACUCUUUGGAGGGAGAUUACUUUGAGUUUGAGCCCACACAACUCUUUCAUCUCAACCACAAUAUUGAUCCAAACGCAAGCUCAAGAUCGAUUCCUACAUCGGUUUCAACCUCAGAAGAAAUCGCCAGCCUUGGGAAAUCCAUGAUGGCAAGACCACAGGAGCAGAGACGGCCAUGGACCUCAGAAGAAGACAAUAAGCUCAUAGAAUUUAACCUCAAAUACCCCGAUCGAUCUUGGCCAGGUACCGCACAGCUGGCAGGGCUGGACAGGACAGAUAAAAGUCGUUGGGAGAGGUGGAAUAACCAUCUGAAGCCUGGUAUCAACAAAGAGAACUUUUCCCAAGAGGAAGAUGACACCAUCAUCCACAUCCAGCAAAUACCGCUUCAUAGGGAUAAGUGGGCAUUUAUGGUAGAAAAUCAUCUUCCAGGGCGAACCGCUAAUGCUAUCAAGAACAGCUAG